GGAUAUAAAUAUAUAAUUUUCAAUUUUCUCUAUAAAUUAUAAACCCUAAACCCAAAACAAAACAUAAAAUCCGAAAAACCCUAAACAUUCCCUCAAUUUUCUUUUCAUUCAGUCACAAAAAUUUGUUGAAAAUGCCACAACUACCAGAUCAUUUGGAAUUGAAGCGCACUCGCGUAUCCUGCAAAUUUGAUGCUCCUAACGACACUGAAUCAAUUGUAUAUGGAGGAGCAUUUGCUUCGCUUGGAAUCGAUAAUUCAAGUUUGGAUAGUUUUUUUGACGAUUUUAAAGUUGUAAUCAAUCGCCUUACUGAAGAUGAUAUUGAGUUUGAUAUGAUUGGUAUCAAUCCUGCUUUGGCUAAUGCUUUUCGUCGUAUUCUUAUUGCCGAGGUUCCCACAAUGGCCAUCGAGAAGGUUUUUAUAGCAAACAACACAUCAGUGUUAGCAGAUGAGGUUCUUGCACACAGAUUGGGGCUCAUUCCCAUCAAAGUUGACCCAAGGCUAUUUUCUUAUAAGUCAGAUAAGGAUGAACCAACCGAGGAAAAUACAAUUGUGUUUGGUCUUCAUGCUCGUUGUGAAAGAGGUAGCUCACGACGAUCAGUCAAAUCUGAAGAACUAAAAUGGCAGCCAGAUGGGAGUAAGUUUGCGUUGGAGUUAGAUGAUAAAGGAUCAAGUUCGACCUCAGCACCGAAAACUUACACAAAUUUUAAAUCUAGCCAGAAAAAUCGACCUGGACUUUCCGAAAAUCCAAUUCAACUCAAAUAUCCUGAUAUCACUAUUAGUAGGAUUGGCCCAGGACAUGAAAUCGAACUUGAAGCGCAUGCUGUCAAAGGGCAAGGAAGAGAUCAUGCAAAGUUUUCCCCUGUUGCCACUGCUUGGUACCAAAUGCUUCCUGAGGUUGUUCUUCUGCAAGAUAUUUAUGAUGAGACUGCAGAAAAAUUGGUAAAUAAAUGCCCAGCCAAUGUUUUUGAUAUAGAAGACACUCCAGCUGGUAGAAAAGCAACAGUUUCUAGACCUAGAGCCUGCACCGUCUGUAGAGAAUGCAUCCGUGAGGAAGGAUGGGAUAAUAAAGUGGCUGUUCGACGCAAGAAAGAUCAUUUUAUAUUCACUAUUGAAUCAACUGGAGCAUUGCCUCCUGAGGUGCUAUUUACUGAAGCUGUGAAGAUUUUGGAAGACAAGUGUGUGCGUGUCUUAAGUGAACUGUAACCUUGAAUCUAUGCUAACGAACAUUGCUUUCCAAAACGUAUGCCAUUCAAAUGGAAUCGUCAUCGAAAUUUCAAACCGUUAAUGAGUGUUUUAUGUUCGUCGACGAGUAUUGGAGGGCAGUUGCGACUCUAAAUUCUUUCCGUGUUUGAGAACGACAUAUCAGCUGUGUUAAAGGGGUCCUUUUUGGUUGUAAAUCUCUUCCCAACAUUUUUCUUUUAGUUUUUUGCAAGAUUAUUAGGAAAGGAUUGUUCCGUUUUUAUGACAUUGCUACUAAAUUAAGAAUUGAAAGACUACUUACAAAUCAACUUUUCACAGGUUAUGAUCAAACACAUUACAUGAGUUUUUUUUA